AUGACUCGCCUGUUCUUGGCCCAACUUCGUCCAGCCCAGGCCCUGAACAGUCACCGUCUACUGCUGGGCUUCCUUCUCGUUUGGACGCGGGGCCCAAUCAUGAGCCCGACACACCUCAGUCGUGUCGCCAGCAUAACAACACCGGGCGGGAUCCAGUGUCCCCUGGACUGCAGGACAGAUCUGCCGGGCCCACUUCGGCCACUUCCCCUGGCUCACAGGUCCGCUCGGCCUCGUCCUCUCCCGCAGCGUCUCCUGGUCCGCAGGACCGACCGGCCCAGCCCACUUUGCCUGCGCCAGCUCAUGUGCGAAGGAGCGAUCGCGUUCGUUGUCGGCCCAAACAUCUGGAAAACUACAUCACCUCGUUCGCUGAUGAAGAGGCACAGGGAAGUAGCUCUAAUAUGA